AUGGAUGACGAGAAGAGGGAGGGCAAGUACCGCGGCGUGCGGAAGCGGCCGUGGGGCAAGUUCGCCGCCGAGAUCCGGGACCCGGAGCGCGGCGGCUCGCGCGUCUGGCUCGGCACCUUCGACACCGCCGAGGAGGCUGCGAGGGCAUACGACCGUGCCGCAUUCGCGCAGAGGGGCGCCACCGCCGUCCUCAACUUCCCCGCCGCCCAGCAGGCAGGCUCUGCUGCAAGAAGGGGCGCCACUGCAGGCGGGGGCUCGUCUUCUUCCUCGGCUCCCGCGGCGACCGGGGCCGGGAGGAGAACCGCCGACACGGAGAAGGUGGAGCUGGAGUACCUGGACGAAAAGGUGUUGGACGAGCUGCUCGCCGAGGACUACUACAGCAGUAAGAAGUACUAGCGCACAUCGAUCGAUCGGUCAGAAAUAAUAAGCUAUAUGCUAAAUUAAGCUGCCUCUCGAGGGAGGGAGGAAGAAGAAGUGUUUCCCGUCCGUUGGUUUGUGCAUGCAUGGCCCUGGUUAGCUAGAGCAUGGGGAUGACUAGUCAUGGCUGCUUGCAUGCAUGGACACAUAUAUACACGUGUAGACUAUACUAGUGACACGUCCUAGUCCAGGAGAGCAUGCAGAUGCAAUGCCCGCGCUUUGUUAACUCGAAGGAGGAACAAAGUGA